UCUGUGACCCAGUCCCGGAACGUUAAAUGGCUUCUCUGCUUUCCUCCGUAAGGAACUCGAGAUGACAGCUUCCGUUUCCGGUUGGCUCCGGCUGCGGGGUUGAAUGUUGAGUGUCCUGAGAGGUCAGAUUGCUGUCAGUCUUUUCUUAGAGACAUGGCCCAUGGACAUGGACAUGAACAUGGUCAUAGUAAAAUGGAACUUCCAGAUUAUAAACAAUGGAAGAUAGAAGGGACACCAUUAGAAACUGUCCAGGAGAAGCUCGCUGCGCGAGGGUUAAGGGAUCCAUGGGGCCGCAAUGAAGCUUGGAGAUACAUGGGUGGCUUUGCAAACAAUGUUUCCUUUGUUGGUGCAUUAUUGAAAGGAUUCAAAUGGGGAUUUGCUGCAUUUGUGGUAGCUGUAGGAGCUGAAUAUUACCUGGACUCCCAGAAUAAAGAUAAGAAGCAUCACUGAAGAUAAUACCUGGAAGUAUAUUAGUGGCUUCUUAACGCUCUUAUAAAAAUAAGAUUUCUUCACUGUAGCCUACUUGUCUAUUUGUCCCUUAAAGGACACUAGUAAGAUUUAUUAAAGUAAGAAAACAUGU